GAGGACUUUUUCAAUCUCACGCACGCAGGCAGGCAGGCAGGAGAUCGAAAUGGCGGCGCCAGCAGAGAGGAUGGAGAUUUCUCAGGGGGAGAGCUCAGCCAAGCCUGCAGCAGAGGAUAUGACAUCAAAGGACUACUACUUUGACUCAUACGCCCACUUUGGCAUCCACGAGGAGAUGCUGAAAGAUGAGGUUCGCACUCUGACCUAUCGCAAUUCCAUGUUUCACAACAAGCAUCUGUUUAAGGACAAGGUGGUGUUGGAUGUUGGCAGUGGGACAGGCAUCCUCUGUAUGUUUGCUGCCAAAGCUGGAGCCAAGAAAGUUAUAGGGAUCGAGUGCAGCAGCAUCUCAGACUACGCUGUGAAAAUUGUCAAGGCAAACAAGAUGGACGAUGUUGUGACCAUCAUCAAGGGGAAGGUGGAGGAGGUGGAGCUGCCUGUGGAAGGAGUAGACAUCAUCAUUUCAGAGUGGAUGGGCUAUUGCCUCUUCUACGAGUCCAUGCUCAAUACAGUCAUUUAUGCCAGGGACAAAUGGCUGAAGCCAGAUGGACUAAUUUUCCCAGACAGGGCAACCCUUUAUGUCACUGCCAUUGAAGACAGGCAGUACAAGGACUACAAAAUCCACUGGUGGGAGAACGUGUAUGGUUUCGAUAUGUCGUGCAUCAAGGAGGUGGCAAUAAAGGAACCCCUGGUUGAUGUGGUGGACCCAAAGCAGCUGGUCAGCAGCGCCUGUCUCAUCAAGGAGGUGGACAUCUACACCGUGAAGCUAGACGACCUGACCUUCACCUCACCGUUCUGCCUGCAGGUGAAGAGGAACGACUACAUCCAGGCUUUGGUCACCUACUUCAACAUAGAGUUCACCCGCUGUCACAAGAGAACCGGCUUCUCCACCAGCCCAGAGUCUCCCUACACCCACUGGAAGCAGACAGUUUUCUACCUGGAUGAUUACAUGACCGUGAAGACCGGUGAGGAGAUCUUUGGCACAAUCAGCAUGAAGCCAAACGUCAAGAACAAUAGAGACCUGGACUUCACCGUAGACAUCGACUUCAAGGGUCAGCUGUGUGAGGUGUCAAAGACGUCAGAGUACAGGAUGCGUUAGUCUCAAUUCCUCCCUGUGUUAGUUAGUCUUUAGUAGAGGACAGAUUAUACUGUUUGACUCAGUCUCUACAAUAGUUUGAUGCUCCCCAUGCAGCAACAUUUUAAUGUUUUCUUUUCUUGUUCAGACGUUCGCAGUAUUUGAAAGAUCUUAACAUGCUUAGGGUCAAAGUGCAUUGUCGUGGCGACGUAGUCACUCAAAACACGCGUGAUGUAUGCCUGAUGUUUGUGUGCAACAUCUUAGGUUUUGUUCAGGGUUUUUUGUCCUUUGCAUGUGCAAGUGUCUAUGUUGUCAUCCAUCCAUACAGACACUAACGCAACCGCCCUGCCGACAUGUCUGCAUACUAUACUGUAGGGUCACUUUGGCCCUCUGUUUGGUCAUUACAUGACCCCGAUUCUGAUCUCUCCUUAUUUUUGAGUUUGUGGAAGCUGUUUGUGGGUUUUCAGAUUUGUCUUCUAAAGAAACCAUGCCUCUUUCACCUGUCAACCAGUUAAUAAAAAAACGUGUUACUGACAAGCAAACUUUCCGCUAAACACCUUAGGACCUAUUCCAUCCCCCCAAAAAAUAGCCAUUUAAUGAAAUAUAAAAAAUACAUGGAUGUGGUUCUGGUGUGAAAGGGGGACCCAAGCUUCCUGGUUUUGGUUUUACCGGCAUUCAGCAUACCCUGAAAAGUGAUCACAAACAUGUCCCAAACUACAUACUAACUCUACACAGUACAGACUACAUAUUAAUUGUCCUAGGAUACUGUUUUAGCAUGUAGUUUAUAAAAUGUUCAGAUACUUUGUCAUUUUAACAGGAUAUGUGUAUGUUGGAUGUAAAUCAACUAUUUUGUAAAGCUACUGCCAAUUAAACUUCAAUGAAACGUCUAAAUAUCUCCUAUGAUUUAGUUUUGUAUUUUUGUUCAUUUUUUUUGUUAGCAAUGUCACCACGACACGCAACUUAAUAAUUGCUGUGAGCAGCUCCUCCGUUUUGGGAGAGACUGGUGUGCAUCAAUGGCACAAUUUAAAAAUAAACUGAGUUAGUCUGAAUACAGUGUGGUUUGAGAGAACCUUAGUUUGUCACUUUUGCUCUGUGAACUCACACCAUAUUAAAAACCUGCUUGAAUUAGUAUGUAGUUUAGAUUUGGGACAAGAGUCAGGAUGCUGAUCUCAUGCAGGCAGCACAAGUUGAUUCAACCUUAAUCAGGUUGAUGGCUGUGAAACUGUUUUUAUUUGGCAUAUGCCAUGUGUGAUAGCUGGGUUGCACCAUCUGCAUUGAUCAGGUCACACCCUUUAAAGAAAACCACACUUGAUUAUCUUGAAGUGUUGAUUUCUGCUGCACCUGAGAGAUUCCUCCCGGCUCCACAUCUGUCAGGGGUCCUGGAGCCAUUGAGUCUUGAUACAAUGUUGGUCUUUAUACAGUGCGUUUGUGGCUGCUAGUUGAUCAUAGCAGUAGUAACCAUGUUUGCACUGCAAAGAUUACUGACUCCCCACUCUUUCUUUUCUUUUUUUUCUUCCUCUUUUGUAUUUUGUUUUGUUGUCUGCUGCUUUUUAAAAAAAUAAAUAAAACUAAUCUGUAGAUGUAACUUUUCUUCAAGUGUAGUGAGCUGUGGUAUUUUCCCUACAGCAUCUUUCAGUUUAUUUUUUUCAUUGCCUCUUUGAAUUGUAUACCCACCCAAUAGGUAUACUUCAAUGCUCUUUUUCUGGUCCUUGAAUGCAUCUUCAGUCUCCAGUACAAAACAAAGCUGCUUGGCAGACCAGGUUGUGCAUUUGCCAAUAUUGUCAUCAGGUGAAGUCUCUAAAAAAACCACUAUGUGGGCAUUGAGUUGAGUUUUUUUCUCACACAUCCUAACCCUACGGUCUAGAAUGAACCCUGUUUGUGAAUGCUGCAGUUUCUGUCCCAGCUCUGAGGACCUGAUAGUGACUUGUUGGGUGUGUAAACAGCUUUUUCCAAGGCCUCUGUCAGAUACUUUAUUGCUUGUAGUCAGAACUCUGACUUGUCCCCUACAUCACAAAUAUAAUUGAAACAUGUCAUCUACUGAUUUAUCUAAGAGAAACAAACACUUUGUUAAAAGGAACUGUGGGGUCUUGAAUGUAGAGGACCUUUCACGUUGUAAAAGAGGGAUAAAAUGUCAGAACGGAUACCAUUGAAUCAGUCUUGCAAUUUUGGAUUGCAUGAAUCAGUCAUUUUGG